AUGCCGCAGCUGGAGCAGAAGGGAAGAGGGGUGAGCAAUCACUGCAGCAGGACCGAGGAUCAGACCCACCAGCUUCUUCCACUCCGCCUCUCCGCUCUCGCCCCGUCGUCUCCUCCGAAAGUCUCCACUCCGGAGAAGAUUACCAUGGAAAAUCAAAGCAGUGCAGUACACUUCUUUUUAGUUGGGUUCACUAUCUCUGUAGAGUUGCAGCUAUUUCUCUUUGUGGUUUUCUUAGCCAUUUACCUUUUGACUUUGACUGCUAAUGUAGCCAUUAUUUGUUUAGUUCGCAUUGACACAAGACUUCACACUCCUAUGUACUUCCUACUUAGCCAGCUCUCUUUUCUAGAGAUUUGGUAUACAUCAUCUAUUGCUCCUAAGCUUUUGACCAAUCUGGUUGGCUGGAAAUACAUUUCAUUUCCUGGAUGUCUCUCUCAAAUGUAUUUUUAUUUCUCUUUGGGUUCUACAGAGUUUUUCCUUCUGGGAGUGAUGGCCUUUGACCGCUACCUAGCUAUCUGUAACCCACUGCGUUAUCCAUCCAUCAUGAAUGGUCAAGUAUGUAUUCAAGCUACUAUAACUUGUUGGUCAGUAGCUUUCAUCUCUGUGUUCUUCCUUGUGCUUUUGAUAUCUCGCUUGACAUUUUGCAAACCUACUGUCAUCAACCAUUUCUUCUGUGACAUCCCGCCACUUCUCAAGCUUUCAUGCCAAGACACUUUUCUAGAAGAAAUUGUAGUCUUCUUUUUUGCCUGCGGUAUUAUCCUCACUUCACUGGUGCUCACGGUGGUAUCAUAUGUGUUGAUUGUAUCUUCAAUAGUUAAAAUCCCAUCCACCAAAGGGAGACAAAAAGCCUUUUCAACAUGUGCCUCACAUUUCACAGUUGUAAUUAUUCUGUAUGGAACAGUCAUAUUCAUUUAUGUUCGACCUAGUUUGUCCUACCCAAUGGAUGUAAAUAAGGUCUUAGGUGUUUUUAAUACAGUGGUGACCCCACUACUAAAUCCUAUUAUUUAUUGUCUGCGAAACAAAGAUGUUAAAAAAGCAUUAAAGAAGGUCAUGAACCCAAAGUUACCAGAGAGGUAUAGAACAUCUUUUAUUGCUAGAUGA